UUAAACAAAACAAUGUUUGCAGAUUUGGACUAUGAUAUUGAGGAAGAUAAGCUGGGGAUCCCCACUGUACCUGGGACAGUGACCCUGAAGAAGGACUCUCAGAACCUGAUUGGGAUCAGCAUUGGGGGAGGAGCGCAGUACUGUCCCUGUCUCUACAUUGUCCAGGUAUUUGAUAACACUCCAGCAGCCUUAGAUGGCACUGUAGCAGCUGGUGAUGAAAUCACAGGAGUGAAUGGGAAGUCUGUCAAAGGGAAGACCAAGGUGGAGGUGGCCAAGAUGAUACAGAUGGUAAAGGGAGAAGUGACGAUUCACUACAACAAGCUUCAGGCCGACCCAAAGCAGGGCAAGUCUUUGGAUAUCGUAUUGAAGAAGGUAAAGCAUCGACUGGUAGAGAACAUGAGCUCAGGGACAGCGGAUGCCCUGGGGUUAAGCCGAGCCAUACUUUGCAAUGAUGGACUAGUGAAGAGAUUAGAGGAGCUGGAGAGGACUGCAGAAUUAUACAAAGGCUUGACAGAGCACACCAAGAGUCUUCUCAGGGCUUUCUUUGAGCUAUCCCAGACACACAGAGCAUUUGGAGAUGUUUUCUCUGUCAUUGGUGUACGGGAGCCGCAACCAGCUGCCAGUGAAGCCUUUGUGAAAUUUGCUGAUGCCCAUCGCAACAUUGAGAAGUUUGGGAUUCACCUUCUGAAAACAAUUAAGCCGAUGCUUACUGACUUGAAUACGUAUCUGAAUAAAGCCAUUCCUGACACAAGGCUGACUAUCAAAAAAUACCUGGAUGUCAAGUUUGAAUAUUUGUCUUACUGCCUGAAAGUCAAAGAGAUGGAUGAUGAAGAGUACAGCUGCAUUGCUCUAGGUGAACCCCUCUACCGGGUCAGCACUGGGAACUAUGAAUACCGCCUUAUCCUACGUUGCCGGCAGGAGGCUCGCACACGCUUUGCCAAGAUGAGGAAGGACGUGCUAGAGAAAAUAGAGCUUCUGGACCAGAAACACGUGCAAGACAUUGUGUUCCAGCUCCAGCGUUUUGUUUCCACGAUGUCCAAGUACUACGAUGACUGCUAUGCCGUGCUCCGAGAUGCGGAUGUCUUUCCCAUUGAGGUGGACCUUGCCCGCACUACUCUCAACUAUGGGCAGAAGGACACUUACACGGAUGGGGCAGAAGAAGAAGAAGGAGGAAGUGAGAGAGAUGGUAGCGGGAAGGAGGAGGACGCAAAUGGUGAAAAGCUCAUUGAUGAUGCCUGAGUGUGCCGGCAUGGCUAGAGGAAAGACUUUGCAGACUGUUAGAAAAAACAUGUAUUUCACAUGGCGAUUCAUCCUCCAUGACUUUCUGUGUAUGUUCAACCUGGGAUUCCUCCUCUGCUUUGGGUGGGGGUGGCUGGUUGGAUUGGGACCAACCUCUGCUUUCCUCUCUCUUCCCUUGCUUGUUUCCCUGGAUAUUCCUUUUUCCUCCAGAGACUUCUGCCACCCAACUUGGGUACUGAGGUGUGAGAAGGAAAAUCCCCUACC